UCAUGCUCAAAUGGAAACUCCUGCAGUCUGCUGAGAAUUUUUCUUGAGUGACAGGAUCCUCAGGCUGACAGUUUUGACGGCGAGGUCAAGUAUAGUGGGAUCAGAUCAAGUCUGCAGCCUUGGAAACCAUGUAGCGAUGCUGGAUCACUUUUAUUUGUGUUUAUUUGUAUCUUUUUUCACACGUUUUUGGAGGCGUAAACGAUGGAAUUUGAGGCAAGACGUCGCAAUGGAGGAGUCCUCUUUCACUGAAGCCCGAGAAUGUGUUUGUGAUGGUGGACAGACUGGGGCCAGCCAUGGAGCCUGAGCUGAACUGCAGCUCUGUGUGUGAUUCCCCACUUUGCCUCAUCCAGGCUGGACUCAGCAGGCAGGAAGGCCAGGACGUCCUACAGAGACUAUGCAUCCUAAACUCGUUGGCAGCAGAGGUCCCAAGGCGGUCCCUCUCUCCUGCACUCAGAGCGGUUGUCUGGACGAUGCUAUCGUCUGGCAUCCUGUUGGCGUUCUGCUUUCUGGUUUUCACCUUGCGCUUCAAAAACAACAGGAUAGUGAAGAUGUCCAGUCCCAACCUAAAUGUUCUGACUCUCUUUGGAAGUGUCCUCACAUAUAUCAGCGGCUUUCUAUUUGCAACGGAUGAGCAAACUCACACACAAGCUGAAGCGUCUAUUACUUUGCUUCAAGCUCGGAUGUGGAUGCUUUGCAUUGGAAGCACCCUGGUCUUUGGGCCAAUUUUGGGAAAGACCUGGAGGCUCUACAGAGUUUUCACUCAGCGAGUUCCUGACAAGAGAGUGAUCAUUCGAGACAUCCAGCUGAUUGGCAUGGUGGUUCUGCUGAUUCUACUGGAGAUUCUGCUUCUCACCACCUGGAAUCUCACAGACCCGGUGAGAUGCUCGCGAUCUGUCAGAGCUGUUGCCAAGGCGACUGAGAGAGACACCUCCUACUCUUUGUCACAGCUGGACUCUUGCUCCUCAGAAUUCGCAAAUAUUUGGCUCAUCAUCAUUGCUGUUCAGAAAGGUUGCCUCCUCCUUUAUGGCACAUACCUGGCUGGACUCACCAGCAACGUCAGCCAUCCUCCAGUCAACCAGUCUCCCUCCAUCAUAACGGCCGUCACUCUGGUCACCUUUUCCUCUGCUGUGGCCUUCCCUGUGUUCUUCUUCCUGCACGCCUGGCCCAACCUGGUCUACAGCACAGUGGCUGGAGCCAUCUUCAUCUGCACAUUGGCCACUAACUGCAUGCUGUUUGUGCCACAGCUGACCCAGUGGCGACAGUUUGAGGAGGAUCAGAACAACCCGAGUCAGAUGGCCAAAUAUUUCAGCAGCCCCAGUAAGAGUCAGCCAUCUGUCUACAGCCAGGACGAGAUCUACUUCCUGCUGGGGGAGAACAGCUCAAUGAAAAAGCUCUUGAAUGAGAAGAAUGCUGCGAUUGACAGUCUUCAAGAGCAGGUAAACAACGCCAAGGAUAAACUCCUGAGGCUCAUGACAGCAAGCCAGCCMCUAGGGGACCAGGACGUUGAUUCCUCUGCUGCUUAUCUCAACUCCUCCUCUACCCAGACCACUGAGCUUCAGUCUGAAGGAAGCUCCUCUUCCUGUUUAUCCCAGAGAGACACAAAAUCCAAACUUUUGCCUCCUCCAGCCUCUCAUAAUCUCACUCUGCCUCCUCAUCCCUUAAAUGCACUCCGGAUACCUUCCAGUCAAAACUCAAUGGACCUCCAUCCUGCUUCUUCCCCCUUCACUGAUGACAUCCURAGUGGGAGCUGGAAAGAUGUCCCCAACUCUGCAACUAGAGAGACAGCUGAAUCCACAGUGAGAGAGAAUGCCAAGCAACCUCUGUCCCCCACAUUUCCAGGAAGGACAGCGGAGGAGGCUGUUCAUUUUGUCACCUCUCUUCAAAACCGCAGAAGACUGAAUCCCUUUCGGGUUGAACAAUUUGCCAGUCAUGGUGGCCUGCCAACGCAGGUGGGACCAAAUCCCAAACUGACUGGUUUCGUCAGCAGCGAGAAGCUGCAAGAGAUCAUCCAGGAGCUGAGCAUGGACGCAGUCAUGGAGACAGCGCUUCGAUUUCCAGGUCAGGCGUCUAAGACGUCGUCUCAACCGAGACUGAACACGUUGUCCCCUCUGUCCCUCUGUUCCUCUCAUUCUCUUUUCCAAUACCCAAGCAUCUCUCCGCAAGCCAUGAGAAAACGUCGGCCUCCCUUCCACCCCUCCAGGAGAGCUUUGUCCUCAUCCUGCUUCUACACAGGCUCAGACGUUCCCAUUUGUGAAUUGAAAAGGGACACCUGUGAACACCAAAACCCAGAUGAGACACAUUUUUGUGCUGAUUGCAGCGUCACCGACUUAGACAAGUCAGUAGAGGAGAAAGAGGGUGAUAAAGAGGAAGAGGAGGAAGCGAAAAACUGUCGAAGGCAUGCUUCGCGGUCUCACAAUUGCCCACUCCGGCGUUGCGCUAGACAGAACUGCUCACCUGAGCACGGUGCGGAAGAAGACGACAGUGGCAAGCAACGCCAUCGAUGCAUCAGAGACUCRAGUGGAUACUGGGACUCAGACUCCAGCAGCUCCACGGAUUACUGCUACUACCACCGUCCUUACUGUGAUUCCUGCCUGCAGAGGGGCUCCUUCCUGUCCUCAGACAGCUCCUCGGACUCGUCUGACAGCGAGUACGAGGAUUACACCAACCUCUGUCGCCCCCCACGGCCCGUUGUGUUUAAAGAUGACCUCAAACCUACUUUAGUAUGACAAAAUGUUUACUGCACUUUAUGUGUUAUUUAAUUAUUUCCACCACUUGAACUUACUGUGAAGAAUCAUUUGCUUUCUUAUACAUUUUUUUUUUUGUUUCACUGAUAAGUUUCAGAUAAUUAAACCCAUUUUAACACUAGAAUAAACACAAAAUAUUUGACUUUAGAGUCACAAAUUCRUGCCCAGACAUCUUCAUUUAGGUAGAGAAUUUAUGUUUUAUUCAAUUAUGGCAAGUUAUCCCAAAGCAGCAAAGAAUCAAACCAUGGCCAUGUUUGGCUGUUGCUGUGAUGUACACAUGUAACAUGUACCACACCUUCCAGAAGGUUCCGUUCAGCUUGAAUUUCUGGAGUCCCAAAGUCUAAGUGUAAGCCUUUCCAGACUGAUAUAUUUUGUCAGGAACUUUUGUUUUUCAUCUUUUUUUAACAGUCUUUAAAUUGUGUUUCUUUUUAAGAUUUUUUGAUGUAAUAUAUCUUGUCAGACUGGUUCUUUUUGAAUUGUUUCAUUAUUUUACAGGUCUGACAGCAGUCAGGCCUGGGUGUGACUAAUGAAACUGAAUCAUAUAAUCUGGUUAAUCAAAGUUUCUCAUGGUUUACCAAAGCAGUAAAUUACAUUAAUAAGGAUAUAUUAUUUUGGAUACAAUAUUUAUAUAUUUAUUUAUUUUUGCCUUAAUCAAAACCAUUAUUUGAAAGCUCAGUUUUGUAGUUACUUAGGCUCUCUGUGAGUUAUGAAAACCUUGUUUGAUGAUCUGAAACCUUUAAGUGUUAUAAAAAAAACAAACAACAAAAAAAAUAGAAUAUGUCUCUAAGGGAGUAAAUACUUUUAUUCGCAGCACAGCAUUCUGACUCUUAAAGCACCAGUUCAAUGAUUAUUGUAUUUAAAGAAGAUGAACUUUUAUACUUGGAGAUAAUGUAGCUCUAAUUUCAGUAAGAAAUGCUUUGUUUUUCCAUUUUUAUAUGAAGAAAGCAUAAUUGUUGAAUUCUGUUUGUUUGCUCAKAAGAUUUUUAGAUCUAUGAAAAUGUGUUGCCCAAAAAUGCUGAUGUUUUGAUAAUAUUAUUAACUACCUUUAAGUUAUUGUUCUAAACAUGAUGCUAACACAGAAAACAGUCAUUAGAACAGGCAUAAAAAGGUGUAAAAUUAAYARAAUUUUAUAUAUGGUUACAGAUGUACAUUCAGUUAC